UUUCUUUUUUUUUUGGCCCUUAAACUUAUAUUCCCACCCUUCGCCUUCUGUCUGUCUCACCUCACUCAAAGCGCAAAAGGGUUUCUUCGCUCGCUCGCUCUCUGCAACUUAACCGAUCAUCAAUGGCCGACCUUACCAACUCCGAUUCCCGCCACCACCUCUCCGUCACCACUCCUCCCCAGAUCUCCAAAGCUGGAUCAGGUUCUGAGAAUCCUAUUCCACUGUCACCGCAAUGGCUUCUACCAAAGCCCGGGGAGAGUAAACCUGGAAUGUUAACUGGGGAAAAACCUCCCAGCCCAAAUCCAUCCUUUGGAAGUCGCUCGGAUACCAUGAAAGCAUCAGGUAAUGGUGAGGAGAUUCAUGAUACCCAGAAGAAGAAGGAUGUUUUCAGGCCAUCAUUGAUGGAUAUGGAAACAGGUGGUCGUCGUGAACGCUGGCGCGAUGAAGAAAGAGACACCAACUCCUCCGGACGCAAAGAUCGGUGGAGGGAUGGGGAUAAAGAGCUUGGUGACCCUCGCAGGAUGGAUCGACGAACAGAAAAUUCAUCUGCAAAACACUUUGGAGAAGCACGCCGUGCUCCACCCGAGCGGUGGACUGACUCUAGUAACAGGGAAUCCAAUUAUGACCAACGGCGAGAGAGCAAAUGGAACACACGCUGGGGGCCUGAUGACAAAGAGGUGGAAGGUUUGCAUGACAAGUGGGCAGAGUCUGGCAGAGAUGGCAGCAUGCAUCUGGAUAAAGGUUUGCCUCAUGUUGGAAAUCAUGUAAAGGAUGAGAAGGAUGGGGAUCUCUACAGGCCUUGGAGAUCAAACUCCUCCCAAGCCCGAGGAAGGGGAGAUCCUUCCCAUAAUCAGACUCUAGCAGCAAGCAAACAUGUUCCUGUGCAUUCAUCUAGUUGGGGACGUGGGGAAAAUACACCACCAACUUUUUCUCUUGGUCGUGGAAGGGCUACCUCCGGUGGAGGCUUUAUGAACAGUAGUCCUACUAUUCCUCAGUCUAUAGGAACUGUCUUGGACAAAGUUGAAAGUGAACAUGGAGAGCCUUCCCCUUUAAGGUAUAGUAGGACAAAGCUGCUUGAUGUAUACAGGAAGGUUGAUAUGAGAUCAUAUCGAAAAUCAGUUGAUGGGUUUAUAGAAGCGAGUUCUCUUACAGUGGAUGAGCCGCUGGAGCCUUUGGCGCUUUGUGUACCGAAUCCUGAGGAAAUGGCCCUUUUGAAGGGAAUUGACAAAGGAGAUAUAGUAAGUAGUGGUGCUCCUCAAGUCUCUAAAGAUGGAAGGAACCCGAUAGAUUUUACUCAAUCAAGAAGACCAAAGCUUGGUAGUAGGGAAGAUUUACCCCUCGCACUUAAUGAUUCUAAAGAUGAAAGCACUGGUAGUUCAAAAGGUGGUAUUCCAAAUUAUUUAGAGGGCUCUUCUCAUGAAAGGCAAGUUUUCCAUCAUGGAUCCAGCCUAAAGGCAGAAAUAAUGCAGGAUCAGAAGACGUACUCAGAGAACAAUUUCAGGGCAGAAGCUCUUAGAGAAGACAGUGGUCCUUUCAGAAGGGCCGAGGAGGCACCCGUUAAUACAGAUUUGACCAUGAAGGGAAGUAUUACUCCCCAUUCUGGCACUCCAUGGAGAUCUCCAUCACAGGGAGAGCGUUCGCAUGCAGGCUUGCAUGAUUGGAAAGAGAUUCCGGGUGAUGUCAAGUCAAGAAUCCCUGAUAUGGGCUGGUCACAAAGACAGAAAGAUCUUAAUAAUGAAUGGGAAAGUAGAGAUGAGGCAAAAUGGAAAACCAGUGAGGACCCUAUAAUUAGAAGGCAGCCAUCUGGAGUUCUAGAUAGGGAACAGGAAGUGAGAAAACCUCAGCAGCUUUCUCCUGAGGAUCUACAGCUUUAUUAUAAAGAUCCUCAGGGUAUAAUUCAAGGCCCUUUUGCUGGGGCUGACAUUAUUGGCUGGUUUGAGGCUGGAUAUUUUGGCAUAGAUUUGCUAGUUCGCGUGGCAAAUGCAUCAACAGAUACACCAUUUUUGGCACUUGGUGAUGUUAUGCCUCAUUUAAGAGCUAAAGCUAGACCACCGCCUGGAUUUAGUGCCCCUAAACAAAAUGAAGUUACAGAUACAUCAAGUAGGCCAAACUUUGGUAAUGUGGGGAAGAUUCAUGCUGGUUUAAGUGAGACAGAUAUAGCGAGAAAUGAACCAAGACAUAAACAGGGUUCGACAACAGAAGCUGAGAAUAGGUUUUUGGAGUCGCUGAUGUCUGGUAAUACAAGUGGCUCUCCUCUGCAGAACUUUCCUUUUUCCGAAGGUUUGCAAGGACUUAUUGGAAACAAUUCUCAUGGUUUGCCUCAUUCUGGAUUGGAUAAUCUGUUGGCCAAGAGAAUGGCUCUUGAGCGACAGAGGUCUUUUCCUAAUCCUUAUCAAUAUUGGCCUGGGAGAGAUGCUUCAUCUGUAAUACCCAAGUCGGAGGUUGUCCCAGAUCCAAACCUCCUCUCUUCAGUGGCUGAAAAUCAGCCUCCUCAAACCCAAAAUGCUGAAAUUAUGUCCAUUCUUCAAGGAUUAACUGACCGGUCGUCAUCUGGAAUUAAUAAUAGUGCUGCUGGUUGGUCAACUUUUCCUGUCCAAGGUGGGUCAGACCCAACCCAGAGUAAGAUGGACUUGUAUGAUCAGAAUUUUCCUCCCCAGGCUCCACUUGGAUUCCAAAAGCAGAGGCUGCAACCUCAGAAUCAACCGUCUUUUCCAAAUCUACUUUCUCAAGCGAUUGAUAGUUCUAGUGUUGCAACACAAGAGAAAUUACUCUCUUCUGGUUUAUUACAAGAUCCGCAACUGAUGAAUAUGUUGCAACAGCAGUAUUUAUUGCAGUUGCAUUCCCAGGCGCCUGUUCCAGCGCAACAAAUGUCAUUGUUGGAUAAGAUUAUGUUACUCAAGCAGCAACAGAAACAGGAGGAGCAGCAAAUGCUGAUAAGGCAACAACAGCAGCUGCUUUCGCAGGUUCUGUCAGAGCAUCAAUCUCGCCAGCAUUUUACUGAGCCAUCUUUUGGACAGAUGCAGGCUUCUGCAAUUCCGAAAGGGAAUGCAUCUAUAGAUCCUCCCCGGCUUCAGCCAUCACAAGAAAUGUUUUCAAGUGGUACAAACGUUCCAGUUCCUAAUAUGCAAAAUGAACUUGCUAAUAACUUCAUGACUUUGCCUCCACAAGGUACCCAAGAUAUCUCUCAAAAUGUAAGUGAGGGAGCCACCUCGUUACCUUUACUGCAUCAAAUGUUUGGGAAUAUUACCCAUCAAAGAACUCGGGAUGUUACUCCUGUGGUACCAAUUGCUAUCCAUCAGGAGUCCUUGCCAGUGUCGACAAAUGUUAAGAGCUCAACUUUGCUUGAUGUGAUGACCAAAUCUAGAAAAGAGCCCCUUGUGCAGAAAUCCAUACCUGAUUCUGACUUUCAUGCUUCUAAAACUAUGGAGCAGGCAUCUGAAAACACUUUCAGAGCUAACGAAUCUGGUUUGGUUGCAAUCUCUGAGGGUGUUGCAGAUUCUAUUCCACCUGUAGGUGCUUCUGAGGGAGAUAUGCCUGAGCAUGUCUAUGAUGUGAAAGUUCAAUCAGAUAGUCAGGUUGAAGAACAGCAGAUUCAAAGGGAAAAGUGCAAUGAUGAGGUUCCUGCAGUGGCUGACGUGAAGAAUGUUGAAGCACGUGGGCAAAGAAAGACUUCUGAGAAGAAGUCCAAGAAGCAAAAAUCUUCCAAGGCACAGUCCUUGAGUGACCAACCAAAAGGAGUAUCCAAAUCUGUCUCUUCACAGCAAAUAAAGCAGUCUGAAGCUGAGAAGCCUGUUGUUGGUGACACAAAAUUGGAGACAAGAGGCAACCGAGGCAUUAAAUCUGAAAUUGUUACUGUAGAGGUUUCAGAGUCACGACAAGCUGAAAGAUUAGAGCCACUUUCUGGAGGCGAUACUGAACCGUUUGAAGUCAAGGGUGAUUCUAAGCUUGUUGAGUCGGGGCAAAGUACCCAAAUACAGAUUGGGCAGAGAGCUUGGAAACCUGCUCCUGGUUUUAAGGCCAAAUCUUUACUAGAAAUUCAGCACGAAGAACAGAGGAAGGCACAAACAGAAGUGAUAGUACCUGAGGUUAUCAGUUCUGUCAAUUCCUCAAGUUUGCCAACUCCUUGGGCUGGGGUUGUAGCCAAUUCAGAACCAAAAGUAUCUAGAGAAACUCCAAAUGAUGCAGGUAUUAAUGAGUUAAAUGUUGGGAAACCCAAAACUUCCCAAAAUUCAAAGAGCAAGAAGAGCCCAUUACAUGAUCUAUUAGCAGAGGAGGUUUUGGCCAAGUCUAGUGAAAAAGAUGUUGAGAUUCCUAAUGGUGUAUCAACUCAGCCUUCUCCACAAGUUAUGCCCACCCAUUCAGAAUCUGUAGAUGACGAUAACUUCAUUGAGGCAAAAGACACCAAAAAGAGUCGCAAAAAGUCAGCAAAAUCAAAGGGUACUGGAACUAAGGUCUCAGUGUCAGUUACCCCAGUAGAUAUGCCUAUUAGUUCAAGCCCCACUGAGAAAGUUAAAAGCUUCCGUUCUGUACAGCAAGAAAAGGAAGUGUUGCCUGCAAUCCCGUCAGGGCCUUCAUUGGGAGAUUUUGUUCUUUGGAAAGGAGAAACGCCUAAUCCGGCUCCUUCUCCAGCAUGGUCUACUGACUCUGGGAAGCUUCUUAAACCCACAUCUUUAAGAGACAUCCAAAAGGAGCAGGAGAAGAGGGUUUCUUCUGCUCAGCACCAAAAUCAGAUUCCAACACCUCAGAAAUCCCAGCCAACUCCAGCCACCCACAAUAAUGUUCCUUCAUGGUCACUUUCGGCAUCAUCUCCGUCUAAGACUGCAUCUCCCAUCAUGAUUAAUUCCCAUGCUUCUCAGUCGAAACACAAAGUAGAAGAUGACUUAUUCUGGGGCCCAAUUGACCAAUCAAAGCAAGCAAAUAAGCAGGCAGAUUUUCCUCAUCUUGCAAGCCAGGGCAGUUGGGGAGUCAAAAAUACUCCUGUAAAAGGAACUUCAGCUGGUUCAUCGAGCCGGCAGAAAUCAGUGGGUGGCAAACCAACUGAGCGAUUACUUUCAUCCUCACCUGCCUCUUCUCAGUCAUCUGUAAAAGGAAAAAGAGAUGCCAUGACCAAGCAAUCAGAAGCCAUGGACUUCCGAGAUUGGUGCAAGAGCGAGUGCGUUAGGCUUAUUGGGACAAAAGAUACGAGUUUCCUUGAGUUUUGCUUGAAGCAAUCCAGAUCAGAGGCUGAGUUGCUUCUAAUAGAGAACCUUGGGUCGUACGAUCCUGAUCAUGAGUUCAUCGACAAGUUUCUCAACUACAAGGAGUUGCUAUCGGCUGAUGUCCUUGAAAUUGCGUUUCAAAGUCGGAAUGAUCAAAAGCUCACCGGGUUUGGUGGUGGAGAGCUGAAUUCGUACGGUGCAGACGCCGGGGAUGUUGACCAAGAUGGGUCCUCCAAAGGGGGUGGCAAGAAGAAGGGGAAGAAAGGGAAGAAGGUUAGCCCUGCUGUUUUGGGAUUUAAUGUGGUGAGUAACCGCAUCAUGAUGGGUGAGAUCCAGACAGUGGAGGAUUAGGGAGUGGUAUUAAGAGGCAGGCAGGCAGGAAGGCAGUUGUAAAUAGAUUUUGGCUUUUGGACUGUAUAUGGCUUUUUUACCUUUUCGCCCUUAGAAUUUUUUGUUUUUCCCUUUUGUAGUGCCACAGCAGCAGUGCUAAUUUUAUCUGCUCGAGCGAUUUUGUGUAAUGUUCCUUCCAGUGGUAAGAGUACUUUUGUUAUUUUUAUUCGCUUUACUUUAGUUGAGAGAUCAUCCUGCGGGAGACGUUGCAUCUUCUUCAAUCGAGGUACCCUUUCCCUUUGUUUCAUUCA